AUGGGAAAUGAAAUUACCAAACUCCAGCAACAACAAAAACGCCUUCGACAACAAAAAUCAGCCAAUCAGUUUAUCUAUGAAACAUCGGAAGUUGAUCAGGAUUUUGUCUUAGUCGAUCCGUUAUUUGUCAAGAUUGAAGAACCAUCAUCCUCGAGAAAGAAUUCGGUUAAAAGUACAACAAGUACGAAUAGUCUUCUUGGAACUUUAAGUACUACUGCUAGUACUAACAACAACGGAAGAAGUGGAUCCAUCAUCGGAGCAAAACCAAAGAUCUCUGCAUUGGAACAAAAACAACAUUAUCAAGAAUUAUUCUCUAGAAAUAGACAUGACUGUUUAUUGUGCCAAUUAGAUGGAGAUGUGUUGUUCCAUAUCAUUUCUUUUAUAUUUACACCUGCAGCAAGCGGAGGUGAUCAUUGUAGAGGAUUUAUAAAAGAACAACAACGUGUAGUGCACAAAACGCAAAAAGAGAAAAAUCAUGAAGAAACAUCUGUUGAAAAGUGUGACGAUGAUGUUAGUACUAUAGAUUCAGAGGAGGAAGAUGAUGACAGAGAAUAUUCGAUACUACGACAAGCAUUCGACUUGCAUCUUGUUUGUCAAUAUUUAUAUAUCACUCUCUGGGAAAAUAUUCACAAUUCAGAAAUAUUAUGGAAAUAUAUCUUUGAAAUAAUUGUUCCACAUGAUCAUCCGUUCUACACAUUCACGACAUCACCACCACAAAUUUCUGAAUAUUUGGAUAAAAAUUCAAAAGUGUUACGAGCAUGUAAAUAUGCAGAAAAGAUGCAUAAAAGCUUCAAAGAAAAAUGUAGAUUAUUUACUAAUUAUAAUUGGAUGACCAUCAACAGAUGCUGCAAGCUUAUUGGUGAAUCUAGCAACAGCUCAUUUUGUUUUAUGGCCAAUGAUGGAGAAUUAUUGGAAGCGUCAUUAAUGAAAGUCGUAAUUUUAGGACCUAGAUCUUGUGGAAAGACUUCUUUACAAACAAGGUAUUUUAAUCCAAGCUUUUUCGAAGAAGGUUUCGGUCAGAAUAAGCAUAACACUUGUUCUCCAACGGCAUCAUUCGAUUUUUCAUCUCAUCUCAUACGAGUAUUAUACAAUAGGACUGAUUUGAGAAAAUCUCAAUGUAACAAAUGCACCUAUGGAAUGCAAGUUUGGGAUUGUGCUGCUCUUAAAGAGGAAACGGAUGAAAUAUGUUCGAGCGUGUUCAAAGAUAUGGAUGCUUUAAUGCUCUGUUAUGCCAUUGAUGACUAUACGGGGUUUAAAGAAGUCAAAGAUCUCUACUUACCAAUGGCAAUUAACUAUUUGCAUGGAAAAUCGUUCGAAAAUAUUCCUAAAAUUCUCACAGGAUUGAAAUGUGACAAGGAAAGUGAAAGACAAGUCAGCAAACAAGAAGCUGUGGAAUUUGCUCAAAUGAAUGACAUGCCAUUUGUUGAAGCGAGCGCCAAAGAUUGUAUCAAUCAUCGACUCCCUUUUCAAUACUUGUUGUAUUGCGGCAGAGAAGAUGAAACUAAUAUUCACUUUUCAGAUGAAUUACUAGAGUUGAAAAAGAGAGAAGCUAACGAAAUAUUCAUGCUCAAUUUUUUCCUUAAUCAAGACCAUACACCUCAUCUGAAAGGUAAUGAAUUGUAA